GACUAAUACGAAGGGAGAGAACUACAGGGAGACUCGGGUGCAAAGGUCAUACGUAUUUAACCCUUUCUGAACGGGGUAGCAGAAAAUGGAGAAGAAAAAGAGCUUGGCGUUCGUGCAGGGAGAAGACAGCGAGAGCGACGAGGAGAUCAACACGGAGCACAUGACGUCGAGCAUGGAGACCACUUUUCGUCAACUCACCUCGUCCUCCACUGGCGGGAGACCCGUACCUGGAGUGGUGGCCGGAGAAGGUUCGGAGACCGACGAAGAAGACGACUCGCGAGCGUCUGCGAGUGGCUCCAUCAGCGAGCAGACGGACGGCAGCGGCGCAACUACUCUUCGAGUUCCCGCCAUUUCGGGGCCGCAGAAGGCAGGUAGCGAGAGAAGCACUCCUCGCAGCUCCAGCAGACGCAGCUCUGGAGACUCCAGCACAACCUUCCCUCUGCCCUCGUUGCUGCACAAGAAGCUCCGAGAUAGAAACACUAGUCUGAGGAAGAACAUAGUGGAGAGGGUUCUGAGGAUCUACCACGCCACCUGUCGUAACCUUACCAUCGUCAAUGACAACCUCAGCAGAAACCAAGCCACUAUUGAGAAAGUGAACUCUCACCUCAAGAGGGCGGGGCAGGACCUAGAGAAGAUAAACAUCACCAUGGAAAUGACGAGCGAGGCCGUGUGUACCUUUGCCCCCACUCUCAGAAUGGAUGUUCCCCUCAGAGGACGCCCCCCUGCCACCAAUGACCCCUCGAAUUCGAGCCCCCCAGCAGGACCCCUCACUAAGACCCCUAUUCUUCUCUCUAAGACUACCUAGAAAACAUUUUAGGUCUUUUUGACGUGUUUCUGUUUCCAUUUUAAAAAAAUUAUUAUUACAAAAACUCACUUUACAACAAAGA